UUUUGUGCAUUUUGCUAAAUCGGAUUUUUCUCAUGAGAUGAGCACGAACAGAAAAAGAAAUCUAAAAACAUGAACUCGCUGAAUAUUUUCGUGUCUUCUGCUUCGGAAAUUAAAUUUAUUUGUUGAUAGGCGAAUUAUAAAUUUAAAGUAAAUUAAUGUUUUUUCCGACAUCGCUUAAUGGGGAUGGGAGUCUGCACCAAAACAAAUGGAUUCAAAGCAGUUUCUUUAGGUGUUGUUUUAUUUGUGUUAUUGAACGUAUUAUUUAAUUAUUUCAGUGGCGAUGCGGACGAUACAUUUUCAUUUUCCAAAUUAAGCAUAAAAAGGGUGACUCUUUCAAGCAGUCACAUCUUAUACAAUAGAUCAGAAGAGUCAUUUGUUCAACACAACGGCAAUGGCUAUGAAGAAAAAACAAACCCGCCGGAAUUUAACAUCACUGAGUCCAAUGAUAUCCCGGCACCGCGAGUGCUAACAAAUUCGAAAACAUGGGCCAAAAUAUCGGUGGAAAGCAGAACCAACAACAACUCCAACAACUCACUUCCAAUUUGCAAGGAUCCUAAGCCAAAUUCAGGUGGUCCAAUAAAACCAAAUAUAUCAUUGGAAUCGCUGGAUUUUGUUCAGCAAAGACUGUCUUCAACUGUGAUGAUGGGCGGUUGGUAUCGUCCAACAAAUUGUAUAGCUAAAUUUCGCGUUGCAAUUAUUGUACCCUUUAGGGACCGUUAUGCACACCUAUCUAUAUUUCUUAAAAAUAUUCAUCCUUUUUUGAUGAAGCAAAAUAUCGAAUACCGAAUAUUUGUGAUAGAACAAACAAAUGGAAAGCUAUUUAAUAGAGCUGCAUUAAUGAAUAUUGGCUAUUUAGAGGCAUUAAAAAUAUUAGCCUGGGAUUGCUUUGUAUUCCAUGAUGUUGAUUUACUUCCGCUUGAUGAAAGAAACUUAUACACUUGCCCAAAUCAACCACGUCAUAUGUCUGUGGCAAUUGAUGUAUUCGGGUAUAAAUUACCAUAUAGCUCGAUAUUUGGAGGAGUUUCAGGAAUGACACGAGAACAUUUUUCCAAAGUGAAUGGUUUUUCAAAUUCGUUUUGGGGAUGGGGUGGUGAAGAUGAUGACAUGUCAAAUAGGUUGAAACAUGCCAAUUUGUUUAUUUCUCGAUACCCAGUUAACAUUGCUCGAUACAUGAUGUUGACCCAUCAAAAGGAGAGGGCCAAUCCGAAAAGCAAUCAUUUUUUGUUGUUUCCCGUGCAAAAUUUUACUGUGCUAAGAAUUGAGUUACAAAUAAAACAUGGUUACACUUAACUUCAAUGUUGUCUUCCGUUUUUUUGAAAAGAAGCCCAAGUAAAGAACGAAAAAAGAAUAAUGUGUAAAUGAGCUUCAGUUGAUUAUUAUUAUCUACACUUCGAGAAAUUAGCUUUGAUGAAUUAUAAAUAUAAGUUACGUUCAUUCGAAGAAAUGUAGAUCGCUUAAGAUAUAAGAUAUGAAGAGGAGAUUAAACUAUAGGAAAGAUUCCGCCUAUCUUCGAAGCCCUCUUUUAGAGACAAGCGUACUAUAAAACGAAUGGUGGAGCAAGAUAAUUUCAAAACAGCUAAGACGCUUAAUCCAUAACUCCAAAACAAUAUUAGAACGAUAUGGGUGUACGAAGAAGAUUCAUUAGGAGCUCAAGUGAUGCAAACAUAGAAAACAUAUUCUUCCCUAAAAUCAAAAAAUCGACUCGAAGUCCCAAGUCCAUAAGCAUCCUGAGCACUUGCGUAAAGUUAUAUUUUCCGUGUCAAAAUUUCACCUUACCCAGAAACUCCCGAUGCUUGUUGAUGUACUCCUUAAUUUCAUUGACAAAUGGAUCAAAGGAAACAAAAGUACAAAAAGAAGAAAUGGCCGUGCAAACGAUUUCUGACGCCAAAACACAACUGUGCGUUUGUGCGAAAGAAAAUAUUGAUAUAAACAAAAAAUCAACCUACCGAUAAUAUGGAAUUAUAUUAUAUGGCGAUCCUUUACCGCACAAAUAUAAAAAAAUGAAUGUUCCAUUAAUAUUUUAGUCUUUCCGCAGUUGACCUAAAAAUAAAACCAAACCAACGCAAGAUAACGAAAGUAAAAAAAAAAAUAGAUAUCGAACAAGAAAUCAUUUGAUUAUUUGAUUAUGUCGAAAAAACAUGGUAAUAAAGAACUAAGACGUUCACGGGUUUUUAUUGCAGGAAUCGUUCAAUGAGUUAUAAAAGAAGAUAAAACCACGGAGUGCUUUUAAUUAAGGGGGUGGAAAUUGAAGAUAGGAGUGCAAAAGCCCCUUUUUUGGUUU